GUAACGGGCUUGCAGUAGCCAGAGACGUUUUAAUGUCUUAAAGUGCAUUUCCAGCGCGUUUAGCGCUGGAAGCAAUAUCAUCAAGUAAUGGAGGCACAUGUAGAAUUUGCGCAUGUCCUUCAUCAACGCGUCAGGCUGCGCGUGGAGCCAUGGCGGGGAGUUCUACACGGGGUGACCGAGCUGUACAUUCGACCCGGGCGGCACAGAGUUGUCGCGCUGCACGCGCGCAACUUGGUCAUUGACGAAGUUCUUGUCGGCUCCACGCCUGUACAGUUCCGACAUAUCCAGCGGCACAUACAGCGGUCCCUGGACAGCAUCGCUGAUAAGAGCGCGCGGGACUUUGCGGACUAUGUGGCAGACGACUACCGGGCCACGCUCAAAGCCGAGCGCACACAGGGCGACCUCGCGAUCCCCCUGGACGGCAAGGAAGGGGAUGCCGGCGCGAGCCACGGCGCAGCCGCCACCGUUGCCCACUCCCCGCUCAAGCCCAAGCAGCAGCCACAGCAGCAGCAGGGCGGCGCGGGCGCGGGGCCCGGGGCGGGGGUGGGCACCGCGGCUCUGGCUGCCGAUCUGCAGCACUGCUCUGAGGGCUUCAGGCAGCGGCUGCUGCAGGACACACUCAUGGCGACUGCCGUCAAGGUGACGGUGCGCUACCGCAAGCUGGGCGGCGACGCGGGCGUGCGCUACCUGCGCGGCUUCAUGGCUGCCGACUGCGGCGGCCUGAACCGCGCCCGCUGCCUGGUGCCGUGUGUGGACCGGCCCACAGACAUGCACACCUGGGAGCUGCAGGUGGAGGUGGGGCUGCAGGAGGUGGCGGUGUGUAGCGGUGCGCUGGUGUCACAGCGGCUGCUGGUGGGCACGCCGCCGGCGGACCUUCAGGAGGCAGGCGGCGGCGAGAGCGAGGAGGGCAGCGAGGACGGCGACGAUGGUGACGACGAUGGUGGGGUGCAGGAGGCGGGGGCGGCAGCAGAGGCGGCAGCCGCGAGCGCCAAGCCGGCGGGCGCUGAUGCAAUGGAUGUGGAUGGCUCUGCAGCAGCGGCGACGGCGGCAGCGGCAUCCGCUCCAACGGCCAUGGAUGUUGACGGGGGGUCGGCGGCGGCGGGCGCGUGGGCCCAGGGCCGAAGCCAGGGCCAAGACAGGCCACGGUCGCGGGGCCGGCGAGCGGAUCGGCCGCCGCGUGCGCCGCGCACGCCCAAGCGCGGCGGCAGCGCCGCCGCUGAAGCCGACGCGGACGGCGGCGGCGGCCGGUCUGCCCGGCCGUACGCCAAGGUCUGGUACUACGAGCAGCCGGUGGCGGUUGCGCCGCGCCACCUGCACGUGACGGUUGGGCCGUUGGCGGUUGUGCCGCAGUACCAGGGCAGCACCAGUCAGUUGGUGGAGUCGUUCCUGCGGCAGCAGCAGGGCCAGCAGCCGGCCGCAGGCGGCGGCGGCGCGGGCGGGGCGCAGGACUCCACCACCAUCACGCACUUUGGCCCGCCCGGCGCGCUGGACAAGCUGUCGUCCACGUCGGCCUUCUUCUACCUGCCCUUCAAGGAGUACCAGAUCGCGUCCACCGUCAACUUCCCACUCAGUCAGCUGCAGGUGGUGUUCAUUCCCUCGGAACUGGCCACGGCGCCUGUGACCACCGCCGCCGGCUGCAUCGUUGCCUCCUCCGAGCUGCUCCACAGUGACCGGGACGUGGAGGCGGGGCUGGAGGCCAAGGUGGCGCUGGCGGAGGCGCUGGCGCGGCAGUGGUUCGGAGUGGUGGUGCAGCCGGCCUCCUCCUCUGACGUGUGGCUGGUGGAGGGGCUGGCUGGGCUGCUGGCGGACACCUUCCUGCGGGCGUGGCUGGGGCAGAACGAGGUCGUGUACAGGCGCUACAAGGAACGCGAGGCUGUGCUGGCGGGCGAUGACGGCCAGCCGCCGCCGCUGUGCCCGCAGAACCAGUACGACUACGCCGAGGAGGCGGCGGCGGGAGGCGGAGGCGGAGGCGGGGAGCAGGGCGCGGCUGGGCACCAGCAGCAGCAGCAGAGGCGGCGGCGGAAGGACCCGCUGAGUCAGAUGUAUGGGAGCGAGGCUCUGGACCCCUCCCCGCUGCGGCGUUGGAAGGCGGUGGCGGUGCUGCGCAUGCUGGAGAAGCGCACCGGCGAGGACGGCUUCAGGAACAUCAUGCAGGCGGUGUGUCGCAAGGCCGCGCACGCGCUGCGCGAGUGGUCGCCCGCCCGCGGCGCCGACAUGAGGCUGCUGUCCACCCGCAAGUUCGUGACGGAGUGCGGCAGCGCCGCGGGCAUGGCCAAAGACGUGGCGGCCUUUGCGGAGCGUUGGAUCUACGGCCGCGGCUGUCCGCGCCUGACCGCCGGCUUCACCUUCAUCCGCCGCAACAACACGCUGGUCCUGGCGCUGAAGCAGGAGGGCGGGCCCGAGGUGGCGGAGGCGGGCCGGGCGGCGGCGGCGCAGCGCAGCAAGAGCGACACCGCGGGGCGCGGCAUACGGGUGGCGGUGUACGACCACGACGGCGCUGUGCAGGAGAACGUGGUGGAGCGCAUGGAGGCGGCGGUGGACAGCUGCGUGCACGAGAUGGAGCUCACCGUCAAGCCGGGGCAGCGGGGCAGGCGGAGGAAGGUGGUCCCGGGGGAGGACGGCGCCGGCGAGGAGGAGGGCGGCACGCAGGGUGGCCAGGCGGCGGCGGACGAGCACCGCAUCCCCGUGCAGUACCUCAGGGUUGACCCGCUUCAGGAGUGGCUGUGCGAGGUGGUGGUGCUGCAGGGCGAGGCCAUGUGGGCGGCGCAGCUGAGGAGCAGCAAGGACGUGGUGGCGCAGAGCCUGGCGGUGCAGGGCCUGAUGCGUCUGGGGCUGCAGCUGGAGUCCUCGGGCGCCGCCGACUCCUCCUCCGUCAUCGCCGCCCUGCUGGAGGCGGUGCGCGGCGAGCGGCUGUACUGCCGCGUGCGGGUGGAGGCGGCGAGGGCGCUGGCGGCCUUCAGCGCCUCCAUGAGCACUCAGCCCGCCGCGCCCAGCCUGUUGUCGUACUUUUACGACUGCUGCCGCGACCCCGCCACCGCCGUACUGCGCCCCAACUACUGGAGUGACCUGGGGCAACACCUGGUGCUGCAGGCCAUCCCCGCCUGCCUGGCCUCCAUCCGGGAUGUGUCCUUCAACUCCACGCCUGAGGCGCUGCAGCUGGUCACCGACGUACUCAGCAACAACGACAACUCAGAGAACCUGUACGACGACGCCUCCUACCUGUCCGCGGUGAUUGAGGCGGCGGGGCUGCUGCGGCCGCCGCACGCCGGCCAGCUGUGUCGGCUGCUGGGGCUGCUGGACGACUACAUGCUGCGAGAGUGCCUGCAGCCCAGUCACAACUACGCGGUCGGGUGCGCCUGCCUGGCGGCCAUGACCUCGCUGGCGCUGUCCGUCAACCCCAGGCAAGGCCGCGGCGCCGGCGCGGAGGCCAAAGCCCUCGAGCUGUACGCCUGCCUGCGCCGUGUGCUACUGCGCUUCGCCCGACCGCCGCUGCCCUCGACCGGCAGUAGCAGCAGUGCCAGCGGCGGCGGCAGCGGCGGUGGCUACUGCCACCAGCUAAAUACGCAGGAGCUCACAGCGGGCGCGCUGGCGCGCGCGGCGGCGGCGGCGGCCGCCGCCGCCAACGCAGCGGGCGCGGAUGCCGGCGCCGACGGCGGGGGCGAUGUGGCGAUGGAGGACGCUACAGCCGCACCCGGAGCGGAUGGCAGUAGCAGCCUGGAUCUGGUGAAGGCGGCGGCGGGGCGGCGGCGGCGGAGCCGGCGGGGCUGGCUGCGGCGGCGCGAGGCGGCGGCCGAGGCGGCGGCGCCGGAGGGUGCGGAGCCGCCACACCACUUGUUGCGGCGGGCGGCUUACCAGUGCCUGUUGCGGCUAGAGGCUGCGGAGGCCAAGGUGAUGUCCAGCCGGCGCGGCGCGGCGGGCGGCGGCCCCGAUGGCAAGCCCGCCAGCCGCGUCAUUGGGCUGGCGCUGGGGCUGCUGCAGGUGGAGCCGCUGCCGGCCCUGAGGCUGGCGGUGAUGGCGGAGGCGGUCAGCCUGCUGGGCUCCAUGCAGGCACGUGUGGUGGCGGACGCCAAGGAGGAGGGCACACACACCGACCCCGCAGCCCUGGUGGUGCCCGUCAGCGCCUCCGCCUGCGCCGGCCUCUACGCCCUGGCACUGGGGCUGCCUGUCGGCGGCACGGCUGCGGCAGGAGGGGGGGCAGCAGCGGGGGCGGGGGCGGGGGCGGCGGGGGCGCCAGCAGCGGGGGAAGCAGCAGCGGGUGUGGGUGGCGCGGGUGCGGCUGCAGGUGAGGAGGCGUGUGAGGACCCGCGGCUGCGGCACCUGGCCUUCAUGGGGCUGCAGCUGCUGGCCAGUCAGCCGCCCUCGCUGUACAGGACAUCGCCGGACGACGGCACCGCUGACGACAUGCCCGAGCCCUCCAACAUCACACGCGCCGGCCUGCCGCCACGGAGCCACGUCACAGGCCACCCGCACGCCGGCGGCGGCGCGCGCUCCGCUGGCACCGCCGGCCAGCCCGCCGGCACCGCCGGCACGGCGGCCGCCGCCGCCGCGGCGGCGCCCGCGCUCAAGCGGUUGAAACUGCCGUCGAUGCGGCCGCAGCCGGCGGCAGCGGCCGCGGCAGCGGCGCCGACUGCGUCGGCGGGCGGUGCGGCGGACGGUGGCGGCGCGGCAGCGGCGGCGGCGGCGGUGUCUGGGGAGGUGACGCAGGCGCCGUCGGUGGGUGGCGGCGGCGGCGGCGGCGGCGGCGGCGGCGUGCACACGCCCGUCAGGUCGCCCACUGUGUCGGCCGACCCCACCGCGGUGCAUCCGGGAGCAAUAGCCGCGGCCUCGCCGUCCGUUGCGGCGCCGGGGCCGGCGUCCACGCCGCCGCCUGCAGCUCACGACGUCACACCUUCCACUAAGGGUGCUGCGGCGGCCGCGCGGGGGGCAGCGACGCCGCCACCAGGCGCUGAGCCCGCAGCGGCAGCGCCGCCGCAGCCUCCGGCUCAGCAGCAGCCGACAGCGGCAGCACGUGCAGCCAGCCCGUCUCGGCUGCCUCGGCUUGGAGGCAGCGGCGGCGGUGCGGCAGCGGCGGCGGCAGGGCCAGCGGACGGCAAGCAGCAGGCAGCGGCGCCGGCGUCAGUGUCGGCGGCGGGGCCGGCGGUGGCGGCGGCAAGGAAGGUGUCGCCGCCGCGGGCGGCCACCGCAAGCCCGCCGCGGCCUGCCGCCAGCGGUGGGGCGGCGCCGGCCGCUGGCAGCAGCGUCAAGCCAACGGCAGCAUCAGCAGCGGAGACUGGGGCGGGUGCUGGUGCUGGGGCAAAGCAGCGACGCGGGCCAUCGCCGUCGCGGCCACCGGACACAGCAGCCGGCGCAGCAGCCGGGGCAGCUGCGCCGGCGGCCACGCCCGCGCCCGGCGCUGCCAAGCCCCGCCCCGCCAAGGCUCCUGCGCCGCAGGGGCAGGCCCCGGCACCAGCCGGCUCCGCCGGCGCCCGGCCGCCCACCUCCCCCCGGCCCACCUCCGCGCCGUCCUCGCCUCGCGCUGCUGGCGACGGCAGGCCAGCAGCCAAGCCACCCCAGGCCGCCGCCGCCACGCCAGGCACCACCACGGCCACAGCCGUGGGCCCGCGCUCCAAAGAGGCGUCACCCAAGUCCGCAGGCUCGCCGGCGCGCUCCCAAGGCGCCGCCGCCGGCACGGCAGCGGCAGCGGCAGCGGGGGCAGGUGGGGCGCCGAAGGAGGGCGGCCCGCCCGCCCGCAAGUGGCCCACCGCUCGUCCGCCCCGGCCGGACGCGGCCGCGGCGGCGGCCAAGCCCGAUGGCGCCGCUGUGGCAGCCACGCCGGGAAGCGCGGCCUCGCCUCCUGCCGCAGCCUCCGCAGCCCCUGACGGUGGCGUUAGGAAGCCAGCCGCCAGGCCGCCGCCGGCCGCGGCUUCCACGCCGUCCAGCGCGGCCGCUGCGGUCAAGACCGCCGCGCCCAAGGCAGCGCCGCCGGUCUCGGCGCCGCGCGCGCUCAAGGUGAAAAUCCGGCAGCCCGGCGCAGCCGCCGCUGCUGCGGCUGCAGCAGCAGCAGCAGCCGGCGGCCGUGCUGCCGCCCCGGGCACGGGCGCGGGCUCCGCCACUCCAAUGAGCGGCGCCACCGCCGCCUCGGUAGCCGCCUCGACGGGCGCCGCGCCGCCAAUGCCGCCGCUGUCGCGAAGGCUCUCUAUCGCGGGCUCAACAGGGGGACCGCCCGGCACCUCGGGGCCGGCGUCAGCCGUGGCGGCGGCGGCUGCCGCCGCCGCGCCCGCCACCUCGCCCACCAAGACGCCAGCGGCGCCGCCGCCGUCGCAGCGUGCGCCGCCGCCAGGGGUGUCGCAACCGCCGCUGGCGGCGGCGCCGGCGGCGGCCCCAGCAGGGGCGGCGCCGGCGGGUGGCGGCGCGCCCAAGACGGGCCUCAAAUUCAAGCUCAAGGUGCCGGUGCAGGUAAGGCCGCAAGCGCCGGCCGCAAGCACCGCAAGUGCGGCGCCGCCGCGGCCGCGGCCGCCGCCGCCUGACUCGGAAGCGGAGCAACCGCCGCCUGCGGCGCAGAAGAGGAGGAGCUGAAGGGUUUGAGACGAGCAUUUUCGGUUGGCCUGGGAGGCGGUUGAUCAACGACCGUAGCACGGGAUGACUCGAUGCGAUGUCGUGCAUUGUGUUCUCUGGGGGCAAACACGUCGCCUCACGUCGCCGCAUGUGCGUCGUGCGACAUUGAUGAGGUCGUGAGCUAGUCAGCUGGUCGUGGCGCACUGGCGCUGCCGUACGGGGGUUGCAGAAAUGGCGGGCCGCAGCGGAUGAGAGGGCGACGCUGUGUAACCACCGUGCUCCUGCCUCCGCUCCGUCAGUACCUUGCAACGAGGCUGGUGCAUGGGGGGGAUCCGCAAAUUUGUUGCAACCAGGCUUGCAGCGUUGAAGCAGCGAAGGUAGAUGCGCAGGCGCAGGCGCGGCGCGUGCGGCUGCCACGUGCUGUCCCCACUCCUCUCUGGGCGGUGGGCCUGCACCACCUGCCACCUGACAUAUGUGGGGCACCACCUGGCACCUGUGGAGCUGCAGACAGGCUGACAGGCGUGCUGACAGGCCCAACCCGCCAGCCCCACGGCCCCGGGCUGGAUGUAACGGAGCAGGGGA